AGAAACUCAUUUAUAAUCCCUGCCACUUAUUUGCAAUGUCAUGGCAAGUAGGCAAUGCAAGUUGCAAUCCUUCCAUUUAUUUUUGUAUUGUGUAAAUGUGAUGCAGUAAACGUUUCAAAAUAAACUAAGAGGCACUGUAGCCACCAUUUUUAAUAGUGUAAAUUAUCUGCUCAGUUUUACUGGGAACUUUUUCCAACUUUUUUGUAGCACUUUUGGACGAUAGAGAGGAAGGUUCAGGAAAAUAAUAACAUCUAAACAUGAUCUUUCGGUGACAUCUGCUGGACGAUGGAUUCAAUUACUUUAUGAAGCGGAACAAAGGGAAAUUACAUAAAUACAUUAUAUACAUAUUGUAAAUAUGCACAAUGUAUGCAUAGUAUUUUGAUAUUAAUUUUCCAUAAAGUAUUUUAUUUGUUUUAUUUACAUUUUUAUAACAGUUUCCUCGCCCUUCAAAACCGACCCACACCUCCUUUAGUGAUGUGACGUCGGACCAAUCAUAUCCAGCCUUCUUCACCCUCCGUCCAAUCAUAAACAAGUAUGUUUCUAUGUCAAAGUUCAGCUCGCGAGUGUCAAAAAUUGCUCAGCUCCUAUCUCUAGAGCUUCAACGUAUAAGGAUGGGUUAAACUCCCCAUAACGUAACAUUCAGAUCCGCGAUUUGCGCAGUUGUGGCAGCCAUUUUUAUUCGCGCAACUAACCCAACGUGUGAACCUGUAAUACACACGGCAUGAGAGGACACGAACCUGGGAUGCAGGACCUGACUGAGAAUGACAACACGUACUUAUUGACAAUACUAGAUUAAAAUCGGUUGUUUUAUAACCGAACAUACUUUGAGUAGUUGUAUUUUGGAUAUUUAAGUGACUGACGGAACCAUGUUUCGGCAAACGAAGGCAGCGCUCCAGAAACUUCGCUAUGUGAGUUUCAAUGGAUGCCGGAAUACGUGGCGUCUACAGAGCACUUCAGCAGUAGAGAGGGCCUCUCAGUACCAAACAGGACAGAAGAUCCAUGGCUUCACCGUCAGAGAGGUCGUUGCGGUCCCUGACUUGUUCCUCACAGCAGUGAAGUUGACCCAUGAUAAAACUGGAGCUCAGUACCUCCAUGCGGCCAGAGAUGACGCCAAUAACCUUUUUAGCGUCCAGUUGAGAACGACCCCCAUGGACAGCACAGGGGUCCCACACAUCCUGGAGCACACGGUGCUGUGUGGGUCUGAGAAGUAUCCCUGCAGAGACCCUUUCUUCAAGAUGCUUAACAGGUCUCUGUCCACCUUCAUGAACGCUUUCACAGCCAGUGAUUACACCAUGUAUCCGUUCUCAACACAAAACUCGAAGGACUUCCAGAAUCUUCUGUCGGUUUAUUUGGAUGCAGUUUUCUUCCCUUGUUUACGAGAGCAGGAUUUCUGGCAGGAGGGCUGGAGACUGGAGAAUGAAAACCCAACAGAUCCCAACUCCCCUUUGGUGUUUAAAGGAGUGGUGUUCAAUGAAAUGAAGGGGGCGUUUUCGGACAACGAGCGUGUGUACGCCCAGCACCUCCAGAACAAGCUGUAUCCAGACCACACGUACUCUGUGGUGUCAGGAGGGGAGCCUCUGGACAUCCCUGACCUUACCUGGAAGCAACUAAAACAAUUCCACGCCACACAUUACCACCCCAGCAAUGCCAGGUUCUUCACUUACGGAAAUUUGCCUCUAGAGCAGCAUCUGAAGCAGAUUGAAGAAGAAGCUCUGUCAAAGUUUGAACGCAUCGACCCAAACACAGAGGUCCCCUCCCAGCCUCACUGGAGCAGCCCUAGAGAGGAUCAUGUGACCUGCAGCCCUGACGCUCUGGCUCCAGAUCCAGCCCGGCAAAAUACGCUGUGUAUGAGCUACCUGCUGGGAGACAUCACCGACACGUUUGAAGGAUUUACUCUCAGCCUGCUGUCGUCUCUCAUGAUCUCUGGACCCAACGCUCCCUUUUACAAAGCUCUCAUCGAACCCAAGAUAGGAACCGACUUCUCUUCAGUCGUGGGAUACGAUGGCAGCACCAAAGAGGCGUCGUUCAGUAUUGGACUGCAGGGAAUGGCUGAAGAGGACACAGAGAGGGUGAAGCAGAUCAUCAGUCAAACCAUCAACGACAUCAUAGAGUCCGGCUUUGAGGAGGAAAGAAUCGAGGCUCUACUGCAUAAGAUCGAAAUCCAGAUGAAGCACCAGUCCACCAACUUCGGCCUCUCUUUAGCCUCGUACAUUGCAUCAUCGUGGAACCAUGAUGGUGACCCGGUGGAGCUGCUGCAGAUCAACGACAGCGUUACCAAGUUCAAACAGGCUCUGAAGGACAACCCUUGCUUCCUCCAGGACAAAGUCAAGCACUACUUUAAGGAGAACACACACAGACUGACUCUGUCCAUGAGCCCAGAUGACACUUACUUAGAGAAACAGGCCAAAGCUGAGGAGGAGAAGCUCCAGAAGAAGAUCCAGGCUCUGUCAGAGGGUGACAAGAAGGACAUCUAUGAAAAAGGUUUGGAGCUGCUGUCUGCUCAGAGCAAAUCCCAGGACGCCUCAUGUUUACCUGCACUGAAAGUAUCCGACAUUGAACCCACGAUCCCCAUCACACCUGUUCAGAUCAGCACAGCAGGAGGCGUACCGGUCCAGUUCUGUGAGCAGCCCACCAACGGCUUGGUUUACUUCAGAGCCAUGUGCAGUCUCAACACGCUGCCAGAAGACCUCAGGCUCUACGUCCCGCUCUUCUGCAGCGUCAUCACCAAGGUGGGCUGUGGAGCUCUGGAUUACAGACAACAGGCCCAGCAGAUGGAGCUGAGGACAGGGGGCAUGUCUGUGUCCACCCAGGUCAUCCCAGACUCCACCCAGCUGGACAUGUACGAGCAGGGUGUCCUCCUGUCCUCUUCUUGUCUGGAGAGAAACCUUCCUCACAUGUUUCAGCUGUGGAGUGACACAUUUAACAAUCCCCACUUGGAUGAGGUGGAGCGCCUGAGAGUGCUGGUGAUGAUGUCAGCCCAGGAGUUAGCCAAUGGGAUCUCAUACUCGGGUCACAUGUACGCUCUGACCCGUGCAAGCCGUCACCUGACUCCAGCAGGAGACCUCAUGGAGACGUUUGGAGGGAUGAAGCAGGUGAAGUUUAUGAAGAGGGUCGCUGAGAUGUCCGACCUCAGCCAAGUCAUCCGGAUACUAACCAGGAUCAAGAAGCAUCUCCUCAACCCUGACAACAUGAGGUGUGCCGUUAACGCGACUCCACAGAAAAUGUCUGACACAGCCGCACAGCUGGAGAGUUUCAUGAAGGACGUCGCUCAGAACAGAAAGGAACGCAAACCUGUCAGAAGUAAUAUUAUUGAGAGGCCACUCGACCCGCUGCAGGACUCCGGUCUGAGCAGGAAACUCAUCUCUGAGCUGAACUUCCAGCCAUGUCAGAUGAAAACGUUCUUCCCGCUGCCUUUCCCUGUUAACUUUGUCAGCGAGUGUAUCCGCACUGUACCGUUCUCCCACCAGGACUAUGCCAGUUUGUGCAUCUUGGCGAGGAUGAUGACGGCUAAAUUCCUUCACGGAGAGAUCCGAGAGAAGGGAGGAGCGUACGGGGGCGGGGCCAGGAUGGGAGGUGGUCUUUUCUCCUUUUACUCAUACAGGGAUCCAAACUCAAUGCAGACCCUGUCUGCGUUCCGUAGAGGUGUGGACUGGGCAAAGUCCGGACAGUUCACCCAGCAGGACAUCGAUGAAGCCAAACUGUCCGUCUUCUCAGCUGUAGACUCACCCGUGUCCCCUUCAGACAAAGGAAUGGGUCGCUUCCUCAGCGGCCUCACAGAUGAAAUGAAGCAGAGUCACAGAGAAAGACUUUUCGCUGUCACUCACAAAAGCCUGGUGGAAGUGGCUGAAAGUUACCUCGGUAUCGGUCAGAGGACAUGUGGCGUUGCCAUCUUGGGACCAGAGAACAAGGCGAUUAAAAAAGAUCCCUCAUGGAUUGUAAAAUAAUCCCAUCAGUAGGUAUUUUUAUAAUUCAAAACCUGAAUGGACUUGUGAUGCAUCACAGUGGCAACACAUUGAAACACUGAAACCUCAAACGCAACUCUGUUACGAUUUUUUUAAUGGUUACAAAAAGCUGAAGCGCACAAUACGAAGAAGAAGACUGAGGAGCUGGUUAGUGUCAUUAUUUGAUUGUUCCAAUUAUUUUUUUCUCUUCAGUUCAUUGUGUAUAUAAUAAAGAAUUAUACUAUCAUGUUGAAAAACAAA